AUUACUUACUUUUUGCUCUUAACGGCACCUUCCAUUUUUAAAGCGAUGUUGGAAUAUCAAUGGUAGCUGUGAAACUUUUUUUUUUAUAUCCAUAAAUUUUAGGAUAUCCUUAAUACUGUGGAACUUCGUUCAAAAUAAUUUCUUAUAUGAUUUGCUGACAUGUUAUAAUACAAUUCCAUAUAGGAUUUCUAAGGUGUUUUCUUUUAAAUUGCUACCAGGGAACUAAUAGUAUGAGAGGUAUUUUCUUGGACAUGUCCGAAGAAACAAAGAACUUUGCCUUGGAAAGAAUGACCUUCACCAAUAUGCUCAAUCUUCGAUACCUCAAGAUAUAUGAUUCUUUUUGUCCUCGGCAAUGUAAAUCAAAAUGGGAAUUGAACUUUCCAGAUGGCCUUUCACUCCCCUUGGAAGAGAUCCGGUAUCUUCAUUUCGUGAAAUUCCCUUUGAAGGAACUUCCACCAGAUUUCAGACCGGAAAAUCUUAUUGACCUUAGGCUGCCUUACAGCAAAAUUCAACGUAUUUGGGAAGAUGCUAAGGACACACCACGAUUAAAAUGGGUAGAUCUAUGCCACUCCAGUCAGUUGUUCGACUUGUCAGCAUUGCCAACGGCUGAAAACCUUCAAAGUUUAAAUCUGGAAGGCUGCACGGCUUUGAAGGAAUUGCCAUUGGAGAUACAAAACAUGAAGUCUCUGGUUUUCAUGAACUUGAGAGGAUGCACAGGUCUUGAGUCUCUGCCAAAGAUUAAUUUAAUCUCUCUGAAAACCCUCAUACUCAGUGGCUGCUCAAACCUGAAGGACUUUCAACUAAUUUCUGAAAGUAUAGAGUUUCUUCAUUUGGAUGGCACAGCAAUCACAGGACUUCCUCUUGCAAUCCAGAGCUUCCAGAGGCUUGUUGUGUUGAAUUUGAAAAACUGUGAAAUGCUGGAGUGCCUUCCCAACUGUCUCGGAGAGCUGAAAGCUCUUGAAGAAUUAAUACUUUCUGGUUGUUCAAAUCUUAAGAAUCUUUCAGAUAUAAGGGAGAGCAUGAAACAUCUCCAGAUCUUACUUAUUGACAUGAUCGGAGGAAAAGAGAUGCCAAACAUCAUUACAUCCAAGGGCCAAGCUUCUCCAGAUAAGUUCGUACACGGCCCAAGCGGAUGGCCACAGGGUGUUAAUGGAGUAUCCUCUCUACGACGUCUAUCGUUAAAUGGAAAUGAUUUUGUCAGCCUGCAAACUGACAUUUGGAAACUUUACAAUCUUAAUUGGCUCGACGUGAAGAAUUGCAAGAUGCUAAAGUCUAUUCCGAUGCUUCCACCAAGACUUCAGUACUUUGAUGCUCAGGGCUGUGAUUCACUCGAAACUGUUUCACAUCCUUUGGCCAUUCCUGUCCUGACGCAACAGAAACAUGCCACUUUCAAUUUUUCCAACUGUAACAAGCUGGAUCAAGAUGCAAAGGAUAGUAUUAUAUCAUAUAUUAGUUGGAAAUUUCAGUUAGUGUUAGAUGCACUCUCUAGAUACAGCGAGGAUUCUGUUUUGGAAGCUUUAAUUGGAACUUGCUUUCCUGGAUGUGAAGUACCGGCAUGGUUCAGCCAUCGAGCAUUUGGAUCGGUGUUAGAGUCAAAGCUGCCCCUACAUUGGAGUGACAACAAGUUUACUGGAAUUGCCCUAUGCGCUGUUGUCCUAUUUCCUGAAUUCCACGAGCAGAGGGACCGCCUCGUAGUGAAAUGUAAUUGUGUUUUUAAUAGUAAAUACGGUUCUCCUGUCCGCUUUGGUUGCACCGUUGGCAGUUGGAGCAAAGCACGUAACACAUCACUGAGGUAUGAGUUGUCUCAUAUAUUUAUUGGCUAUACCACUAUGCUAGAUAGCAACAAACAUGGUUUGGAGGAUAGUGAAGAGGGUUGUAGUCUUACUGAAGCUUCCCUUGAGUUUCAAGUGACAGAUGGUACGGAAGUGGUAGGAAGUUUCAAGGUUCUGAACUGUGGCUUUAGAUUGAUAUAUGCAUCUAAUGAAAUGGAAAACACAUGUUGGGAUUCAAUGACUGCUGUACUGCCAGAGAGGAUCGAGCACUCCCAAGAUGAAGCAAAAUCUCAUGAGAAUUUCCGAAGCCCUGAUGAAAUCCAAUAUGAGUCUUCCUUUGAUCCAACUCUGGGAGCCAAUUCAAAUUUUAUAAGUGAAACAAAAUCUGAUGCCGAACCUGAUUUGUGGAAGAGCUUGGAAAGCAAGAUAGUUGACAUUUCAAAUGUAGAAAAUGACGCAGGAAAGGAAAUCACCGUAAGCUCUGAUCGUGACAACACAUCGUCUGGAGAUCAAACACGUUACGUUGGAGUUGAGCUGCGACUCAAGCAAAUGGAAAAAAUGUUGUACUCGAUGCCUGGAGAAACUUUUAUUGUUGGAGUUGUUGGGAUGCAUGGCAUUGGUAAAACAACUCUCGCAACAAUGUUGUUUGAAAAGCGUGGGUCGAAGUUUCCAAGACGCUUGUUUUUGACAGUGCCUAAGGAGUGCGAACCUGAGCAGUUGCGGAGCAUGUUCCUUAAAAAGUUACUCGAACACCUGCAUGUAAAUAUAAGCGACGAGACAACACAUGAAUGCGUGAAAGCUGAACUGCUUCAGACCAAGGUUUUCGCCGUUCUCGAUGACGUCAGUGACAAGAAACAGUUACAGAUUCUCCUCGGCAACCUCGCCUGGAUUAAAAAGGGAAGCAAGAUUGUUAUUACAACUUGUGACAAGUCAUACCUUGAGGGAUUUGCUCAUGAUACUUAUUUCGUCCCGCCAUUGAAAAACAGAGAGGCUGUUCAACUCUUUGCUUAUCAUGCCUUCUAUAAACAAAUCUACCCCUCAGAAACCUUUCUUUCGCUGUCAAGAAUGUUCGUGGAUCAUUCUACAGGCAACCCACUGGCUCUGGAGUCACUAGGAAGCCUCCUCUGUGGGAAAGACGAGGCUUGCUGGGAACAUGAACUGCAAAAAGUGAGACAAAGUUUCAAUAUGAAGAUGGGAAAAGUCUGGAGAUUCUCUAUUAAGCAACUUACUGAGGGGCAGAAGGAUAUGUUUCUGGACAUAGUGUAUUUUUUCAAAUCAGAGGAAGAGUAUUUUGUUAGACGUUUACUGGAUUCAGAAAAUCCUGAAGCUGUGAGUGAAGUUAGAGAUCUCGCCGACAAGUUGCUUAUUACAAUUUCUGGUGGGCGAGUAGGGAUCCAUGAUCAACUGUAUGCAUUGAGCAAGGACCUUGGUUCCCCUGGGGAGCGUAAGCUGUGGAACUACAAAGAUAUCAUCGGCUAUAUGAAAAAAAGUAAACAAUCGGGAACUGAUGAUGUGAGAGGUAUUUUCUUAGACAUGUCUGAAGCAACAAAGAACAUUCCCUUGGAAAGAAUGACCUUCAUCAAUAUGUGCAAUCUUCGAUACCUCAAGAUUUAUGAUUCAUCUUGUCCUCGACAAUGUAAAUCUGACUGCAAAUUAUGCUUCCCCGAUGGACUUUUAUUCCCCUUGGAAGAGAUUCGAUAUCUCCAUUGGGUGAAAUUCCCGUUGGAGGAACUUCCACCAGAUUUCAAACCAAGAAAUCUGGUUGACCUUAGGCUGCCUUACAGCAAAAUUGAACGUGUAUGGGAAGGUGUUAAGGACACGCCACGACUCAAGUGGGUAGAUCUACGCCAUUCGAGUAAGUUGUGCAACUUGUCAGCAUUGUCAAAGGCUGAAAAUCUUCAAAGAUUAAACUUGGAAGGCUGCACGGUUUUGGAUGAGUUGCCGGCGGAGAUUCAAAAUAUGAAGUCUCUGGUUUUCCUGAACUUGCGAGGAUGCAUACGUCUUUGGUCUCUGCCAAAUAUUAAUUUAAUCUCUCUAAAAACCCUCAUACUCAGUGACUGCUCAAACCUCAAGAACUUUCAGUUAAUUUCCGAAAGUAUAGAAUUUCUUCAUUUGGAUGGCACAGCAAUCACGGAACUUCCUCUUGCCAUAGACAGUCUCCAGAGGCUUGUUGUGUUGAAUCUGAAAAACUGUGAAAUGCUGGAGUUCCUUCCCAACUGUCUCGGAGAGGUGAAAACUCUUGAAGAGUUAAUACUUUCUGGUUGUUCAAGGCUUAAGAAUCUUUCAGAUGUAAGGGAGAGCAUGAAACAUCUCCAGAGCUUACUUAUUGACAGGAUCGGAGCAAAAGAGAUGCCAAACAUCACUAUAUCCAAGGGCCAAGCUUCUGCAGAUAUGUUCGUACACGGCCCUAGCGGAUGGCCACAGGGUGUUAAUGGAGUAUUCUCUCUGCGGCGUCUAUCGUUAAGUGGAAAUGAUUUUGUCAGCCUGCAAACUGAUAUUUGGGAACUUUACAAUCUAAAUUGGCUUGAAUUGAAGGAUUGCAAGAUGCUGAGGUCUAUUCCAAUGCUUCCACCAAGACUUCAGUACUUUGAUGCUCAUGGCUGUGAUUCCCUCGAAAGAGUUUCACAUCCUCUUGCUCUUCCGGUGCGGCUGGAGCAGAUCCAUGCCACAUUUAAUUUUUCUAACUGCAGCAAGUUGGAUCAAGAUGCAAAGGAUAGUAUCGUAUCUUAUACUCGGUGGAAAAGUGAGUUAGUGUUAGAUGCACUCUCUCUAUACAACAACGGGGAUUCUGCUUUGGAAAAUUUCACUGGAGCUUGCUUUCCUGGAUGGGAAGUACCCGCACGAUUUAGUCAUCAAGCAUCUGGACCGGUGUUAGAGGGAAAGCUGUCUACACACUGGAGAGACAACAACUUAACUGGAAUAGCUCUAUGCGCUGUUAUCCUGUUUCCUGACUACCAUGAGCAGAGGGCCCGCCUUGUAGUGAAUUGUAAUUGUGAGUUUAAUAAUGAAGACGGGUCUUAUAACCGCUUUAGUUGGACUAUUGGCAGUUGGAGUGAUGCAGGUAAAACAGCUGGGAAGAUUGUACCAUCUCAUGUCUUUAUUAGCUAUGCAUCUAUGUUGGAUAACAAGAAACUUGGUGAGAAAGAAGACGAAGAGGGUUGUGGUCAUACCAAGACUUAUUUUAAAUUUCAAGUAACAGACGGUACGGAAGUGUUACAUGGUUACGAGGUGCUGAAGUGUGGCUUUAGUUUGGUAUAUGCAUCCGAUGAAUUGCGGGUCCAGUCUGGUAGACACGAAGCAAAUCACUACGGAGCAUAUUCAAAAAAUGUAGCAAUCUCUAAUGUAAGGAGGGAAACGGAAACAAUGGAUAUGCGGCUGGAUGGUGGGCAUGACAUAGUUGAAUUGCCAAAUGAAAUGAUAGCACAUGGAACCGCUAACACUUCCCAACGACCUAAUAACAAGUCUCCUGUAACCACAUUGAAGCAAACAAGAAGAGAGACACAAGUUCGAGCAUUGUCUGUUCGGUUGACUGGGAAGCCUCGGGUUUACAUCAGUUGCCAUGGAGGUGAUCUGUGCAUCACUUUGGUCAAACAUCUCGUGAAUAAUUUGACAAAUGCUGGGGUCAACGUCUUCAUAGACAACGACGAGAGAAUGUGGAUUAAAAUGCACCAGCUCUACAAUAGGAUCGAGGAUUCAAGGAUCGCAGUUGUUAUCUUCUCCAAGAGGUACCUAGCUUCACGGUUGUGCUUGAACGAGCUUGCGAAGAUGGACGAGCUAGCAAAGGAAGGAAGACUCCUAGUAAUUUCCGUCUUCUACCAGGUGAUAUCUAGCGACAUGAAAAAUCUCAAGGGAGAGUGCGGACGAUGUUUCAGGGAGAUGAGAAAGAGACACGAGGACGAACCCGAGAAUGUCCAGAAAUGGGAGACUUCCUUGAUGUCAAUGGCAGAGACAACCGGCGUACACUCGGAAAUUCACGGCAUAGAUGCCGCUCUUGUUAAAGCGACUGUUAAGGCAGUUCAUAGAGAGCUAACAAAGAUAGCUGGAGGAAAAUUCAAGUCCCUCGGAAGAGGAGUUAUGUUAAGUGCACGUGUGUUCAUUUUUGCCUUGUUUGCGGCUCUUCUCUUUAGUCUCUUCGUAUCUCCUCUGCUUUUCGCUGAUGCGGCAUUCGCCGCCUUCUGGUAAGUUCUCAGUGGAUUUUCUUGUUCUGGUAUGUUUAUGAGAGCAUUUGCAGCGACAAAUACCAGAUAUGCUGGUUAAACAAAUGUCUUGUAUUACUUGGUUUUGAGAAGACAAUUACUUGGUUUUUGUUAAACAAAUGGCUUUGCUUCUUCUAUAUAUGGACACUAGUUCUCAGUU